GCCAGCCGCCAUGGCGUUCUUAUCCUCCCCCUUUCCUACCCACCCGCGCGCGCCAUCCACUCGCUUUCCACAGGCCCCCCGGUGAUCAACCUCCUCUUUUGACUCUGUCUCCCAGUGUUUUUUUUUUUUGCACCCUGCAACCAUGAAGUUUACCUCCAUCGCGACCACCGCAGCCGUCCUGGCCGCCGGCGCCGACGCCUGCAUCCGCAUCACGACCUACCAGGUCAACAGCGGCUUCGGUUGGGGCCGCAUGUCGAUCCAGCUCUGGGAUAAUAACGACUUUUACUGCGAGGCGCACCAGGACAAAGGCGCCCCGAGCUCCAACACGGUCUGGGAUAUCAAGUGCCCCAACGGCGACUACUGGGUCCACCUAUGGGACAAUGGCGGUACCGGCUGGGUCGAACGCGUGGGCGUCUGGAAGGCCAACCUGAGGAGGCGGGAUUCCAAGUUUGAGCAGGGAGACAAUGGCGGCUGGGACUGGUCGUACGCCCACGACGACAACUUUGCGCUCAUAUCCCAUUAUUUGUCCUCCUUUACUCAGCCUCCUCCUCAAAGGGACCGGCAUCCUCGUCCGCUCGAGAUCGGCGGCGGCGGCAACGGCCUGCAGGGGCUUGUCAUUGCUGCCUCGGGCGGCGGCGCGGGGCUCGACGUGGCCGCCGUCGACGGCGGCUGGAUGGGCCGCGCAUACACCCCGUGUCGUGGCAUACGACGCCCGUCGUGUUUGCGAAGGAGGCGAUCACGAUCCCGACGGCCAGGGCCGCUGACGCGGUGCGCAAACGCCAUCGAUGACGUUACGGAGGCCAUCAUCGGCGAGGUCGGCGGCCCGGAGUCGGCCAAGCUGCUGUUCCAGGGGAAUAUCAUGGGGGUCGAGCGGACUCUUCACAUGGGCCAUACGUACGGCGAGGUGGUUGUCGAGUCCACUGCGAGCGUUGACGGAACGAUUGGGAGGACGAAAAAGGCGCGCACGGUCACCCCGUUCAAAGAAGAAAACAUUUAUGCCAAGAUGGUGGACGUGGACGGCAAUGAACAGAUCGUUGCCAUUGUGCCAGAUUUGGUCUGCGUUAUUGAUGCGCAAAACGGCGAAGCUCUCGGCACACAGGAGUACCAGUAUGAUCUGCCUGUGAUUGUACUGGGAAUUACGGCCUCCGAAAGAUGGAUCUCGACCCCCCGCGGCCUGGAGAUCGGUAGCCCCAGAGGCUUUGGCUUUGAUGAUCUCGAGUACAAGCCCCUCGGCAAGUUUGGCAGGCCACGCAGCGUUAUCGACGAGUACGAGAUCAAGGGAGUUUGAGAGA